CACGUCACUGUUUCUUUAUCAUUUCGGUGGCAAACUUAACGUAGUAUGGCCGUCGUAUGGAAGUAUUCACAGUUUUACUUCCACAAAGAAUACGCGAUAAACAUUUCACAGAGCGAAUUACGAAAGACUUUUUUAAAUAAAUUCUUUACGCGAGUGAGAUAAUAAGUAAACAUAAGUGUUUGUUUUAUAUUUGAAACGGUGUGGAUUCGACCUAAAUUUUUUCUUUUCCUAAUUUCUCCGCCAACAAUAAUUCAAAAUGUGGUUAGUUAGCCAGCCAAAUUCAGUGAUAUUGGAAGUCAAGGUGGAUCCAAAUUCUAUUGGACAGCAGUGCUUAGAAAAAGUAUGUGAGAAGCUAGAAAUAGGAGCAGAAGCCGAUUACUUCGGCCUCCGAGUCUGUUCAGGGUCUGGCCCAGGAAGAUGGGUUAAUCUUCGCAACCACUUAGACCCACAUCGCUUUCCAAGCCGGCGUCUGGACUUGCGUGUCAAAUUCUGGGUCCCACCGCAUCUGCUCAUAAACGAGCCCACUCGACACCAAUUCUAUCUCCACGCGAAAUUAGACCUUAUUGAAGGGAGAUUGGUUGUGGCUGAUCAAGAAGUGGCCCACAGGAUUAUAGCCUACAUUGCUCAAGCGGAAACAGGCGAUUGCGAUCCCGAUGUCCCCUCACACGUGUACGCGGAGUGCCACAAAAUCGGCCCACAGGGCGAAAAACCAGAUGACCAUAUGGAGAAGAUUAUUGAAUAUCACAAUCAAAUAGCUGGCAUGCGUGCUUCACAAGCCGAAUACAGAUUAUUAAAAGAAAUAUCAAAACUUGAAUCUUUUGGAGAGGAACUGUUCUUUUGCAAACCGGUCACACAAAGCAAUAAUGCCUAUAAUCUGUAUAGCCAUUUAUCAUACCAUAGACAAGUUGAAGAGCCAAGAGCAAGGGACGACCAGGAGAUAGAUGGUGGAGCGACAGUAGGAUGUUUAGCUUCGGGACAAAGCGGAGGCGGCUGUGGUUGCAGAUUAAGCACGUGUGUUGGUGUGGGACCUCAUGGAAUCGUAGUGUACAGACCAGCUUGUAAUGGAGAACAUGACAUCGGUGUGGAGAAACAAAGUAUUCCUUACACUGCGAUUCAUCGCGCUCAACCUCAACGUAGGAUAUUCCAACUCUCCUAUGUCACCAAUGAGGGCCACGAGGCAACUUUGUACGUCAAAAUGGCGACUUCCGGUCAAGCGGCCGCGCUUUACCGCGCUGUCACUGAGAAACACGCCUUCUAUUGCUGCGAAACAGUUAGGACCGAUGUCACUGAACAGUUCAUCAGAGAUCUUAAGGGUACAAUAGCGUCAAUAUUCAACGACUCGUCGACGCUGGGCCGACGCUACGUGUUCGACAUCCGGCGUACAUGUCGCGAGGUGCACGACCGUGCCCGACGCGACGCGCACGCUCGGGGUUCACACGAGCCGCGCGCCCGACGCCGCUCAGCCGCGGGGGCUGGACACGAGGAGUCCCGAUCGCGGUCCAGGUCUGGGUCGCGCGGGUGCGUGGGCCACGCAGGCGGCGGGGUUGCGGGGAGCGAGUCGCUUGCGUGCCGCGUCUGUAUGGACGCACCGAUGGACACACUGUUCCUGCCGUGCAGGCACGUCGUCUGCUGCGAUCUGUGUGCGCCACGAUGCGAACGCUGCCCACUGUGCCGUGGCCAGAUAGAGAAGUUGAUGCACAUAUUCCUUCCUGUGGAAUACCAAAGGAGUACAGGGGUUAUAAUAAAAUAACGCACGAGACAUUUAUUAAACUGUGCUUCAAUUGAAUGGAAAGUGGACUGAAGAAAGCGUCGCUAUUUUCGGACGAAAAUUAUGUUGACGUGACGCCAUAAGCGUGAAGUGACAAUAAAGUUGACGAAACUUCAUAGUGCGAUUCGAGAAGGCUCGAGACUGAAAAGUGGCCUUAAAUUUUUGCAUGUGUGUGUGAUUGUCUAGUCAGAACUUUGACGUUUUUAAGUUCGAUUCAUAUUAUUAUGUUUAUCAUGGUAUUUUAGUAUUUACUCUAUUUUGUAUCUCAAAGAAGUUAAGAAUUUUCCCUUCCACUUUUAGUUCAUUCAAUAUUCAACACCAUAGAUACACAAUAUAGAUUAAUCGAUAUCUAGCUAGCUAGGUUUGGGAUUAAUAUAUCAGUUAUUAGCAGCAAUGGCAUGAUUAUUAGAAUACAUUUGUAUCGAAAACCGUGCGGAAAGAUCCUUAAGAUGUCCCAGACUCAAUAAAAAUUUCUGUGUCAAGGACCACAGUUCAACAGCUGUAAGAAUUGUUAUUUACUCUAAGUUCAAUUUUUAUAAUCUAUGGUCUUGUUUUAAUAACAACGGAGGAAACACCCAUGAUCAGCAUGAUCUUAUAAGUCAUACCUAAAUGUGCAUUUUAUAUAGACGUAGUUUUUAUCGUAAGAAAUGUAGUUGGAAAAGUUUAAUCUCAUUCCAAGUGCAUUAAAAAAAAUUAUAAUUCGGUACUUAUUUCUUAGCGCUUAAGAAUUUACGAGUAUUUUACCGAGUAUGAUUUAAAUAAAGGCAAAAAUUAACAAAAAAAAAAGUACUUACAUAACAGUAAGUUACACCCUUCGUUUUAGAAGGCGCUCAUCAACGUCUAACUUAGGAUAAUUUUUUGUGAUAAAUAACAAUAUUACGUACCUACCUACAUCUAAAGUGACCUGCUAGACGUAUUGUCAGCCGGUUGCUUACGGACUAUUUAAGGACAAAAUCAUAAUUUUGUUUAGUUAUGAUAGGUCUCAAUUGAUUAUCAAUAAAGAUGUGUUGACAAAUCGCUGGUAAAAGUCCUCCCAAAGUAGGUAGUACAUAUGAUUAUUACUUACACCGUAAGCGUCUUCAUUUUUAUAAAAAUGUUAGUAGAAUUAUUACCAAAUAUUGUUGUUUUAAGUAAAAAUUGCAUUUUUUCUUAUUGAUAAUUUCAAUUGUCACUUUUAAAUGUCUAAGUUAAAGUAAUUGUAAGACCUGUGGUCUCUAAGUUAUUGUAAAAUGCUAAUAAAAAUACACAAAAAUAAAAAUGUUAAAUAACUUC